GAUUUAACUGUAAAUAUAAAUAAAUAUAAUCCUAUGCGCGCGGGAUGUCACAUAAAAUUACCGCGGGCGAUAAUGAUGAACAGAGCGGUGAUUAACGUGCAAUCUAAAGACAAUGCGUGUUUUGCGUGGUCUGUAGUCGCUGCUCUACAUCCAGCUAAAUUGAAAGUGGAUCGGGAAUCUUCGUAUCCACAUUAUACGACAGUACUGAAUCUCCAGGACAUUGAGUUUCCAGUAACUGUGAAACAAAUUAAAAAAUUUGAACUUAUUAACGAUAUCUCUAUAAAUGUAUAUAGUAUCAAGAAAGAGAACAUUGUCCCGAUACGUCUGAGCGAGCUAAAGAGAGAUAAACACGUCAACCUGCUGUACGCGAAAGACAACAACGUUGGACAUUUCGCGUGGAUCAAGAAUCUAUCCCGGCUAGUGAGCUCGCAAUUAAGCGAAAAAAAUCACAAGAAAUAUAUCUGCGAUCGAUGUUUGAACUACUUUGAUUGGAAUGAAAAAUUACAAUCACAUACAAUAGACUGUCGAGAGAUAAAUGACUGCGCCAUCCGAUUACCGAACGAUAAGGACAAAUGGCUGACGUUCAACAACUAUAAUCGGAAAGAGCGGCUUCCAUUCGUUGUAUACGCCGACUUGGAGUGCGUUUUGGAAAAGACGAAGGAAGAAAGAAAUUUCCAACAUCAUAAAUACCUGCAGUCGUACGAUCUAUUGAAACCUUCAUCGUAUCUCAUGUACUUUGAUGUAAAUAAUUUGUACGGAUGGGCAAUGUGUAAACCUUUGCUUUAUGCAGAUUUUCGAUGGGUCGACGACGUAUUCGAUUUUGAUACAUCAUCGACCGUGCUCGAUUUGCCUACAGGCUACAUCCUCGAAGUCGAUCUCGAGUAUCCGCAACAUAUUCACGAUGCGCACACUGACCUAUUGUUUUGCCCGACAUGCGACAAACCAUCUGGUAAGGGGCAGGAUAAGCUGGUCGCAACCUUAUAUGAUAAGAAGCGUUACGUAAUACAUUACCCGUCCCAGCAACCGGGUAACCCGGCGUAA